UAGGCUCAACAUAGGCGUUAUGACCCGGGACGCCGAAGCAACCCGGGUCGUAAUCGUCGUAUGUUCGAGAUGCCGAAAUGAUCAGGACAGUUUGUGAUAGUGAAAUUUUAUUUGACUUGAGCUUGGAUUCUUCAUAACAGAGUUGGAUGUUGGAUGUUGGAUUCUUCAUAACAGAGUGUGAUAAAGUUGAUCAUGGGUCGAAGGAUACCAGAUUUAUACAAGUUCGUCCUGGGGGAAAAGAUCAACGAAAUCAAAAUUUACAAAGAGUUCAAGAUGUGGUAGAAAAAAGAAAUAUAGACGAAAAUCAAGUCAAAGAAUUGCUGAGAGACAUGAAAACUAGUUGGAUCUACCAAACGAAAGAAUUUUUUGAAAGUUCUACCUUACAUGGAGUCAGAUAUAUAGCUGAGGAAAAUAGACCAUUUUUUGAAAAAUUUAUGUGGUUUUGUUUCACAUCAAUUGGCGCUGUAGCCACUUUAAUUAUUAUUGUUAGUUUGUGGGAAAAGUUUCAAACAAAUCCUACAAUUACAGGUUUGGAUACAGAUUUUCACAAUUGGGAUGUACCAUUUCCAGCCAUCACAAUUUGCCAGGAAAACCCAUUUGAUGAGACAAAACUGCAAAACAUGAUCAAUAGAAAGUGGCCAGCCCUUCGAGACGACGAAGAACGUUACGAAAAGAUACAAGUAUUUUUCAAAAAACUUGUAGGAAUGACUUAUGAAAAUAUGAUUGAUAUACUGGCAGAAUCCUUAGAUGAUGCUGAUUUGAAAGAAGUAGACGAUUUCAGGACAUUGAUUUUUGAAAUUGCAAAAAAUCCAAAACAAGUUAUUAGGGAUUGCGACAUCAAAGGACAUAUGGAUGCUAAUUGUACUUUAUUUGUGGCCACCUUGACGGAACUUGGAAUUUGUUACAGCAUGAAUAGUCUUCACGCAGAGGAUGACAUGCUUCAAAAUAAUCCAGGAAUGCGUCAGGAAUUCGAUUUUAAAGACAUCUUACAUAUCUAUGAAACUGAUUCGAAAUGGUCAGUAAGUUUUAGGACUUAUGGUGAAUAUGAUCUAGCACACGGGAUAUAUUUAUAUUCAUUUGAUGGACUGUUGGGCUUAGAUAUGUAUCCCAUAAUAACUUGGUAUCAUAAUUAUGAAAUUUUAUAUUUUUCGGUCAAAGAAACAUAUACGACGUCUGAUGCAUCACAACUUUCUAUCAGUCAAAGAAGAUGCGUUUUUGAAAAUGAAAUGACAGAUUUUAGUAAAACAGAAAAAUACACAUUUAGUGCAUGUAUGAGGCAGUGCAGAAUUGCAAGAUGUCUGGAAUUUUGUUCUUGUAUUCCACAUUUUUAUCCCAAAACAGGAAAUCAAAGAUAUUGUGCUUUGGACGAGCUUACAUGCAUCGCACGUUCUGCCUCACUAAUUACCACUGUGCAAGGAUGCAACUGCCAACUUGGUUGCCACAAUAGAGUUUAUGAAUUAGAAAAAUUAGGAGAACCCACUUUCAAUGCCUCAACCGAUCGGUCCGAACAGCAAUUAUUGAGACAAAAUCUGAGCCUGGAAUUACAAUUCUUAACAUGGCCCAUGGUUCGUUAUAAACGUGAAGUUUUAUUCGGCUGGGUGGACCUUUUAGUUUCGUUUGGUGGUAUAGCAGGAUUGUUCUUAGGAUUUAGUUUAUUAUCGGGCGUUGAAAUCAUUUAUUAUUUCACAAUGCGCGCUUUCUGUAUGGUGCAUAUAAAUAGGGAUGAGUUGCGCCAAUUUAAGCAAGAAUUGGAACUGGCUAAAAAUCGCAAUUAUGAUUUAUCUUAUCGAGCUAAUUGGCCAUGGUUUGAUGAGAAGUAUGAUGCACACAAAGACUUUAAAACUAAAUCAAAGGUUAGUUGCUUAGCUUACAUUAUUUCUGCUUACGAAUAA